AUGGAGAACGGUCUUCAGUAUCAGGAAUCCCUAUUGUAUAAAAAGGAAAUGAAAUCUUACCUCAGUAAACAUUCGAUCGAUCCAGGAAACAUUCACAGGACCCAAGAAACGUUCCAAGGAGGCAAGAAACGUUCCAAGGAGGCAAGAAACGUUCCAAGGAGGCAAGAAACGUUCCAAGGAGGCAAGAAACGUUCCAAGGAGGCAAGAAACGUUCAAGGAGGCAAGAAACGUUCCAAGGAGGCAAGAAACGUUCCAAGGACCCAAGAAACGUUCCAAGAAGGCAAGAAACGUCCCAAGGAGGCAAGAAACGUUCCAAGGAGGCAAGAAACGUUCCAAGGAGGCAAGAAACGUUCCAAGGAGGCAAGAAACGUUCCAAGUAGGCAAGAAACGUUCCAAGGAGGCAAGAAACGUUCCAAGGAGGCAAGAAACGUUCCAAGGAGGCAAGAAACGUUCCAAGGACCCAAGAAACGUUCCAAGGAGGCAAGAAACGUUCCAAGAAGGCAAGAAACGUUCCAAGAAGGCAAGAAACGUUCCAAGGACCCAAGAAACGUUCCAAGAAGGCAAGAAACGUUCCAAGGAGGCAAGAAACGUUCCAAGGAGGCAAGAAACGUUCCAAGGACCCAAGAAACGUUCCAAGGAGGCAAGAAACGUUCCAAGGAGGCAAGAAACGUUCCAAGAAGGCAAGAAACGUUCCAAGGAGGCAAGAAACGUUCCAAGAAGGCAAGAAACGUUCCAAGGAGGCAAGAAACGUUCCAAGGACCCAAGAAACGUUCCAAGGACCCAAGAAACGUUCCAAGGACCCAAGAAACGUUCCAAGGAGGCAAGAAACGUUCCAAGGAGGCAAGAAACGUUCCAAGGAGGCAAGAAACGUUCCAAGGAGGCAAGAAACGUUCCAAGGAGGCAAGAAACGUUCCAAGGAGGCAAGAAACGUUCCAAGGAGGCAAGAAACGUUCCAAGAAGGCAAGAAACGUUCCAAGGAGGCAAGAAACGUUCCAAGGAGGCAAGAAACGUUCCAAGAAGGCAAGAAACGUUCCAAGGAGGCAAGAAACGUUCCAAGAAGGCAAGAAACGUUCCAAGAAGACAAGAAACGUUCCAAGGACCCAAGAAACGUUCCAAGGACCCAAGAAACGUUCCAAAGAGGCAAGAAACGUUCCAAGGAGGCAAGAAACGUUCCAAGGAGGCAAGAAACGUUCCAAGGAGGCAAGAAACGUUCCAAGGAGGCAAGAAACGUUCCAAGGAGGCAAGAAACGUUCCAAGGAGGCAAGAAACGUUCCAAGGAGGCAAGAAACGUUCCAAGGAGGCAAGAAACGUUCCAAGGAGGCAAGAAACGUUCCAAGGAGGCAAGAAACGUUCCAAGGAGGCAAGAAACGUUCCAAGGACCCAAGAAACGUUCCAAGGACCCAAGAAACGUUCCAAGGACCCAAGAAACGUUCCAAGAAGGUCACGGGGGGUCACCGUGGGCCUCCUACCCGUCAUAUAAGGUCAAUACAGGGCACGAGGAGUCUUCGGUCCGGGUCAUACGAGGGCAACACAGGCUACAAGUGA